AUGACUUUUGCACAGGUUGUCGGGGGCUUGCCUAUUGACCGGAACAAGUCUGCAGUUCCGCAGGUAGUCCUCAAUUCAAAUACAUACAUGAACGAAUGGUUAAAGAAAAGCCUAUUAAUUGGUGAAGCACAUAGUCUGGAUCACAUCGGCACCAUCCAUGCCAUGGGAAUAUUGAACGACGAAACGAAGUAUCUUGGGGGACUAAGGCUUGCCAUUCACUUUGGUUGUUCUAAGGAUGCAGAUGUGUAUCUGGAAAAUAAAAAACAUUGGAAGGAUUGGUUCAAAUGGAUAGUACGAGCUGACCAACAAGAACUAAACUAUGAAAGAAUGGUCUGGCUAAAAAUUCUCGGUGUUCCACUAAAUCUCUGGGAUGAGCAAAAUUUUUCCCUCAUUGUCAGUAAAUUCGGAAGAGUGAUAAGUCCCUUUGACAACAUCGCCAAUAGAAGGGAUUACUCCAUGGGAAAAGUUGGAGUAAUUACAUCUAACAGAAAGUGGAUCAAUGAAGAACUAAUGAUAAACUCAAACGGAGUAGAAUACAAAGUAGGUGUGGUGGAAUAUACAGAUGAAUGGACGCCCUUUAAACCCCUCCCGUUUGAUAAAGUUGAAGAUUCUGAUGACGAUGAAGAAGAUGUUGAAGGGAUAUCAGAAACUUGGAUGGAAGAAGAAAACGACGAACCGGAGGAGGGGGAAAUCAGACCGGAGAAGGAUGAAACUAGACCGGAGGCGACGCAAGUAGAGAUGCAGGACAAAUCUCCGGCGACAUCUGGGCCAGUACCGACGAUUGUGGGUAACGAGGCGGUGGCGAACGAAAAGCCGUUUAGCGUGGCAAAGAAGGGGAUUAAUGAAUCGCAGCUUCCCGAUGCGGUAGUGACGAAUGAAAUUCCCAACAUCCCUUUUCUAGACAAACGUAAUAUAGAAACUACCCAAAGUAUAUCGGUGGACCCCAAUCCAUCAAAUAAUACUUCUUUUAUUGGGCCAGUGGAAAAAUUAGUCCCUUCAGGUUGUUUUGGGCCGUUCCCUACUACGAACGUGGCCUUUUCCUUCACUUCUCAACAAGCCCAUGCCAUUGAUCGGACUACUGAGGAGGGUUCUAUUAGUGGUGGUCAUAAACAGAAAAAAAGAAAGAGAGAUAAAUCGGUGCUCCUGUCACACAUAUCUGAUCAGAACUCUAUACCAAACAGUAAUUUUACUCUCCUCGCUCUUAAAUUGAAUCAACCGGUGCUGGGAAAUCAAUCCAAGACAAUGAACGAAAUGUUAAACCAUUCGACCUGUGUGGUAAAUCAUGCGUCGGCAAGUGAUGUUGGUAUUGUGUCAGAAUUAGAGGAAACAGCUGCGGUUGGGGCCGCGAUCGGAUUUCUGGUCAACGAGAGGGACUCAACCCUAGCAGAAGUUGUAGGAGAAUAA